AUGAGACUCCUGCUAACGUUUUGUCUCCUUCCAAUUCUCUGCGCCGCCUUCCACGGGACCGUCCAUGUCUCCGGACAGCUGAAAUGUAAUGGACAACCGUAUGUAGAGGAGUUGGUGCAAGUUUGGGAGCAUAAGUUUAUUGGCCACGAGGUGUGGUUCGAGGAGUGGACAGAUCGCUACGGUAACUUCUCCAUCACGGCGUCUGGACAUGAACACGGAUUCUCCUUCUCGGUCUACCCAUACAUCUGGAUUCCCAACUACUGUGGAACUGAGAAAGAGGGUGACUAUAGAUGCACGAAGAAUUUGGUUCAAAUUUAUGUUCCUAAGGAUUUCGUCAGUUACGCGGACCAUCCGAGGGUCUACAAUAUCGGGACAGUGGAUUUGGAGAAGGCGGAGGGGAAGAGUUAUCGGAAAAUCGAGAAAAUAUUUGGAUAUCAUCAGGAAUGUAGAAGUUAUUAG